CUCCCAGACUGAUGUGUGCUACCUGCCCCUCUCCGGAGAGCAGCAGCAGCCUGGGCGGGUCCAUCACUGGAGACCAGAGAGAGGAAGAUCCAUACCAAACCCAUCCGAUCGUAGGAGGGCAUGGAGAAGAUGCUGGGCACAGGGCAUGCCUGAUGCCAGAGGCUCAUCGCACAUAAGGCUGGCUGGAUUCUGCUUUCUGGGUAUAUCAGCCGUCCCAUCACCUGCCAUGAAGAAGUCACUAGUCUUCCAUAUAUGUGGGGUGCUAUGUAGCAUCCUGCUGCUUUCACCAAAUGCAAAAGGCCUUUCUCUACAGGGACUGGACACGCGGAAUACUCUUGAUGGGGGGUUAAUGGAACAGUUGACACAAAUGCUGAUAAUAUUCUCCCACCCACUCCAUCAAGCUUCGAAAACGAAAAGAACAACAUGUCUUCUCAUGUAACCUCAUCAGACAAAGUACUUGCUGUUACCCAAGAAUCUCAAAAUAACUUGAGGCUACUAAGUGGCAGCACAGUGGUUGUAAUGAACCCAGAGACCAGUAAUCUUGGGCUUAUUAAGGGGGCUGAUCCUACUGCUCAAGCUAAGAGUUCAGGAGAGAAUGAAGGUCUCACUACCGCUCCUACUACCACUGAUUACGCCUCAAGUGUGGCACCUCCGGUUGAAGCUAACAAAGAUAAUAUCAAGAAAAGUUAUCUGCAAGCAGAAGAGAGUAACGGCAAGUUAAAACCAAGCAGUUUAGAAAAUUCAUCUCAGGUCAACACUAUAGAGAUGUUAACAACCAACCCAAGGACCAGCCUUGUUGAAACCAAAGUGGACUAUUCUACGAUAUCCUCUCCUCUGACUGACCGAUCAUUGACUAGAAUCGGAGCUGAAAUUCCUGCAUCCCUGGACCCUACGGCGAUAGUCAAUAAAAGUAAUAAGAGCGCAGAACUGAUUGCUUCAGAAUUUGGAGAAGACUGGGAUGAUACCAAGGUUACAACCCAGAGUCCUACAAAUUUAGCUAGGGUUGAGAUUACUACGGUGGUUCCUGACCAUCUUAUCGAAGAAGAACCUGUCGAGGAAGCCAUGUUCACCUCUUCUCCUGUAACGACUGAGAUGUCCGAUGACAAAUCAGUCUUUAACGUUACAGAAAAUUCUCUGGUUACCAAUACAGGAUUAAAGGGUUCUCCAGAUUCUGUCGGACCAGUCGUCAACGAUUCCAUUGAGUUCAACCCAGAUCUCGAUCUUACCAUGUUUACAGCCAAGCCAAAUGUAGAGGUGAACCAAAGUCAAGACCUUGCUGCAGCAAACACAGAUGUUAAGCCGCUGACCACAGACAUGAGAGGAGACAGCGCCAUGACUGUGACAGCUGCCAUCUAUAGGAACGUUACACGCCAGGAUACCACCAGGGAGCCAGAAGUGAUGGAAAGUUCUACUGUACACAAGGAGAUCCCCCAGAAUGAAAGCAGUGAGGGGUCAUCAACCACUGCUAAGACCCAGGAGAGUGAAGGUAAAGCUUUGAACUCAUCAUCUCAGGAUGAAGAGGAUGAAGAACUUCUUGCUACUUCUUUAUCUACUACUGUCGCACCGAUGGCCACCACAGAGGCUGACUCUACCACCGUCAUCACCAGUACAGUCACGUCUGUGUCUCAUGUGAGUGUAGACAUUCCCCCAACCAGAAGAAUCACUACCACAGCGUCCUAUGGGCUGGACAAGCUGGAAUCUGAAGAGGGCGAUGAGGAGGACGAAGAGGAGGAAGAUGAAGAAGAUGAUGAGGAUGAUGAAGAGGAGGAGGAUGAUAAAGAUAAUGACUCCGUGGAUGAAAGCUCGGAGAGAGAUUCGGACAUUCCACUCUUCACCCUCCCGGGACUGUCCUCUCAAGAACCCCUUGAAGAUGACGGCAGUGUUGCCCUAAUUGAAGGAGCGGCUUAUCCAGUCCCAGACAGCAUGGAGUGGGAGCAACAAAACCAAGGAUUGGUAAGAAGUUGGAUGGAGAAGCUUAAAGAUAAGGCAGGAUACAUGUCUGGUAUGCUGGUACCUGUGGGAGUUGGUAUAGCUGGAGCACUUUUCAUCCUCGGAGUUCUGUACAGCAUAAAGAUUAUGAACCGCCGCAGGAGAAACGGCUUCAAACGACAUAAAAGAAAGCAGAGAGAGUUUAACAGCAUGCAAGACCGUGUCAUGCUCUUGGCGGAUAGUUCAGAAGAUGAAUUUUGAUCGCAACGGCUUCAGACACCCUGGGAUUUGAUGACAGUUUUUCAAGAAAGAGAGGAUACAGUUCCCGUCACUGCUAUCAGCCAGCUGUAUAACACCCUGUAGUGAUUACCAUGCGUUGAGGUCGGCAGCAUGCUGUCUUGUACAUGUUUGUUUUUAUACUGCCGUGAAAUGAUACGUGUUCAUAUGCAAAGUCCUUCUAGUGCAAGUGUGAUCCGUUUUAUAGCCAGCUAUUUUUUGUACAUGGCAAGAAUUUGCUAUCAAACACGCAGACGAUGCAAACCGUAGGUAUGAACAAAGUACCGUAGGCUAGUGCCACAUAGGCAACUUUGCAACCACAAGGCUUGCAAGUCCAGGAUUAGAAAGGCAUGGCAGCUAUUCUUCCUGAAAUAGCAGCAUUCACAUCUAUGGAUUGUGUAGUGCAGCUCAUCCCCAUUUAAAGGCAUUUUUUUUUUUUUUUAUGAUUGCAUUUGACUUAUUUUGAGCUAAAAAUAAUUUUUUCAAUAGGUCUUUAUUAAAUAUUCAGCUGUUCUGUCACAAAGGAGUUAACAGUUUGUCUAGAAGUGUGAAUCUUACUUUCACUUUCACUGUGCGCCGGUGUUCCGUUAAAUUAUGGUACCUGUUAAAAUCUGGUACCAUUGUCACUUCCGCUACGUAUCUCGUCACUUUCGCUA